AUGCGUAAUCGAAUGGAAAUUUGUCGAAUAAUCGUGCUAACCUCGAUCGUUUGGAUGAUGAUUGACGUUAUUAUGUUGUUUUACUUUCUCGACACAUCUUCUGUAAAGUUUGUUUCUAUUUUUGUUUUUUCUAAAUUUCGAAAAAAUCAGACUUCGUUUGCAAAAGGUGGACCGGGUGAAAUGGGUAGUCCUGUGAAUAUUGAUCCAGCAUUUGAAAAGGAGCGUGCUGAAAAAUUUUUACUCAAUCAGUUCAAUCUUAUGGCAUCAGAUAUGAUUUCUGUCAAUCGUUCUUUACCUGAUUAUCGAUCUUCGAAAUGUCGAGAAUCUUCAUAUCGUUACAAGAAUAUGCAAUUUCCGACCGUUUCAGUUAUUAUUGUUUUUCAUAAUGAAGCUUGGAGUACUCUUCUUCGCACGCUGCAUUCUUUGAUAAACAGAAGUCCUAUAUAUUUAAUAAAAGAGAUUAUCUUAGUGGAUGAUCUUUCAGAUCGGCCUUAUUUAAAAAAGCCCUUGGGCGCAUAUAUUUAUCGGCUACCAGUUGCGGUUAAUUUAAUACAUUUACCUGAGCGUUCAGGCCUCAUUCGCGCUCGAUUAGAAGGUGCAAAAGUCGCUAAAGGAAAGGUUCUAGUAUUUCUCGACGCCCAUGUGGAAACAACCGAAGGAUGGCUUGAACCAUUGCUUAGCCGAAUUCAGGAAGAUAGAAAACGAAUUGUAGCUCCUAUCAUUGACGUGAUUUCAGACGACACUUUCGAAUAUAUUACUGCAUCAGAGUCGACUUGGGGUGGAUUUAAUUGGCAGUUGAAUUUUCGAUGGUACCAGGUGCCAAGUCGUGAAAUGGAACGAAGAAAUCAUGAUCGUGCUUCUCCAAUUCAGACCCCUACAAUCGCUGGAGGUCUUUUUGCUGUAGAUCGUCAAUUUUUUUACGAUAUUGGUUCUUAUGAUGAAGGAAUGGUAGUUUGGGGAGGCGAAAAUCUGGAAAUUUCAUUCAGAGCAUGGAUGUGCGGUGGCAGCUUGGAAAUACAUCCUUGCUCACGAGUCGGUCAUGUAUUUCGAAAACAAACACCAUAUACCUUCCCUGGCGGAACGUCUUAUGUUAUUUAUCAUAAUGCGGCUAGAACUGCUGAAGUUUGGAUGGAUGAAUAUAAAUACUUUUUUUACAAUAUAUCGCCUGCUGCAAGAGGAGUUGAUUUUGGUGAUGUUACUAAAAGGAAGAUUUUGCGUGAAAAUCUCCAGUGCAACUCUUUUCGUUGGUAUCUUGAAAAUAUUUACCCAGAAGCGCCAAUUCCAAAGGAUUUUUUAAGCCUUGGGAAGAUCAUUAAUCCCUUCACCAAAAAAUGCAUGGAAAUUGAUCAUCAAAAGACUUUAAAAGCAAAUCAGUGUCACAACUUUGGUGGAAUGGUUCCUAAUCUUGGAUUUUCAAAAAACGAAAAGUUUUUUCAGGCAAAAAUUCUGAGGCAUCGAUCUUCUAGUAAAUGUUUGGAAAUUAUUGCUUUUGAGAAAAUAGAGCUUGCCGAUUGCGAUUACAAUCGAGAUUUACAGAAAUGGGAGUUAGAAGGACUCAAGUUAUAA